AAUACUGAUUGUAGAAUGGGCUACAGAUGUAGCCCAAAAGACUAUUUUGUGUCAAAACAUCAGAGUUAUACUUUAAUAGUUUAUAUUUUUGUUAAUUCAAAAUAUAUUUUACCUUUUUCUUUAAUAGCACCUGCUAUUUCUGAAGAUGAAUCUCUAACCAGCUCUUCCAGAAAACCCGGUCCUGUUAAUUCCUGGCCUACAUCAGAUGACACUGACUUUCUUCUGGAUAACAAGAAAGAAGCAGAAAGGCCAAAAAUUAUAUGGCUGGAAAACGGUAAGUUUGUUCUUGUAAAAACACAAGAAGAGCAAACAGCCAAAAAUGUGACAAAUGUGGAUGAUGAGAAGAAAACUCCUCAAACUGAUACUGUGUUGCCACUGGAAGCACAGACAGAUGAUGAAUCUCCUUGGGAUUCUGAGAGUAUCUCUGAGAAUCUUCCACAGCAGCCUGUCGAUCCUUUUCCUGGGGAUGCAGAUGAUGGAGGAAAACAUGCAGGAAAUACACAAACAAAAGAUUUACCUGACACACAUCUUCACUUGAAGCCUGCCAUGGAAGCAAAAGAUUGUGUUGCGAAGAAAGCAGUAGGAAUAAAGGAUGUAAAGACAUUUCAACCAGAUUGGAGUUUCACCGAGUCUAAUGAGACUCUGAAGAGAUCUGAGAAAUUGAUGCUUGGCCAUCAACAUCCACUUCUGGCAGAAUCCGUGAUGAAGAGUCCAUCAGCAUUCCCAGAAUCUGAAUCAGGUGACACACAUCUUCACGGGAAGGCUGCCAUGGAAGAAAAAGAUUCUGUUGUGAAGAAAGCAGUAAGAAUGAAAGUUAUACCGACAUUCCAACUAGAAGAACUGAACAUAGAAGUGACAUUAAAGGAAGAUUUGAGAAGACGUGAUGACAGUGAAAACAGCCAGGACCAGGUUGAAGGAAAAAGAAAGAGUGGAAAAACUGACACCCAGCAGUUGCCUACUGAGAAGAAAGAAGAACAUGAUAGGUUUCACUUCAGACUUGUCUUAAAAGAAGAGGACAAGAGAAAAAGUCUCAAGGAAAAAUGUUCUCAAGAAGUUGAAGCAAAACAACAGCUUGAAAUUUCUUAUGCAACACUUGAAAUGGAAUUCAAAGCUUCAAAAGUGAAUCAGUUGACAGAAGCACAAGACCGAGGUAAAAGCUCUGUGCAACACGACGAAAAAACGGAAGAACCCUUAGACAGGAUUGAAUUGGUGUGUUCACACCUGAAAGAAAAUGUUCAAAGUCUCGAAAUGGAGAUUUUGAGCCAGACAAAGAAAAGGAAGAAAACAGCAGGAAAAGUUGAACAUGCUCAGAAACACUUGUCAAAUGACAGUUUGUUGACAGAAGCACAAGACCGAGAUACAAGCUCUGUGCAACACGACGAAAAAACGGAAGAACCCUUAGACAGGAUUGAAUUGGUGUGUUCACACCUGAAAGAAAAUGUUCAAAGUCUCGAAAUGGAGAUUUUGAGCCAGACAAAGAAAAGGAAGAAAACAGCAGGAAAAGUUGAACAUGCUCAGAAACACUUGUCAAAUGACAGUUUGUUGACAGAAGCACAAGACCGAGAUACAAGCUCUGUGCAACACGACGAAAAAACGGAAGAACCCUUAGACAGGAUUGAAUUGGUGUGUUCACACCUGAAAGAAAAUGUUCAAAGUCUCGAAAUGGAGAUUUUGAGCCAGACAAAGAAAAGGAAGAAAACAGCAGGAAAAGUUGAACAUGCUCAGAAACACUUGUCAAAUGACAGUUUGCCUGCCCUGGGACCGCUCCCAGCCAAAGCCUCCUCUGGUCCGCUCCCCGCGGCUCCUUCCGGGCUUCGCUCCAAAGCCUCUACCGGUCCGCUCUCCGCGGCUCCUUCCGGGCUUCGCUCCAAAGCCUCUACCGGUCCGCUCUCCACGGCUCCUUCCGGGCUUCGCUCCAAAGCCUCUACCGGUCCGCUCUCCGCGGCUCCUUCCGGGCUUCUACUUCCCCCCAGGGGUGGCACCAGUAUAUAUACGGAUACAGUGUCCAAUCAUGUUAAACCUGCCCUGGGACCGCUCCCAGCCGAAGCCUCCUCUGGUCCGCUCCCCGCGGCUCCUUCCGGGCUUCGCUCCAAAGCCUCUACCGGUCUGCUCUCCACGGCUCCUUCCGGGCUUCGCUCCAAAGCCUCUACCGGUCCACUCUCCGCGGCUCCUUCCGGGCUUCUACUUCCCCCCAGGGGUGGCACCAGUAUAUAUACGGAUACAGUGUCCAAUCAUGUUAAAUUGACAGAAGCACAAGACCGAGGUACAAGCUCUGUGCAACACGACAAAAAAACGGAAGAACCCUUAGACAGAUCUGUGCAAACACUCACAUUGGAGAAUUUGCGCCUGAAAAAGGAAAAUCAAAAGCUAAGGGGUAAACUUGAACGAGCUCAGAAACACUUGUUGAGCAAUAGAUUGUCUGAAGAUGAGAAAGAACAGUUCUUCAAAUUCACUGAGCUGUUCAAAAGUGCAAUGUCUGAGGUGGAGCAAUUAAAGAAGGAAAAGCACGACCUGGAAUGUGCUUUGGAUGAAAUACAAAAGAAAAAUCGUGAACCUGAAUCAGAACUAGCAGGGAAGCUUGAUAAAAGCACCAAGAACCAACAAGCUGGUAUAAGCUGCAACAAGGUGAUUUCACUGACUGUACAGAUGCAGCAGAAACUUCAGAGCAUCAUGACAAUGUGCAGUUAACUCCUGGUAUCUGAGGAGUUAUUUUAUAGAGAAGUUCUGAGUCAAGGUGGCAGACACUCAUACUGUAGCACUCCUGAACAUACAUGCAUGCAAGAAUGAUUUUGUUUAUUUAAAGACAAAAAUAGGACACCAUCAAAACAGGACUCAAUGGACAACUUCACCUUCACCCUAGGCAAAGAUGAGAAGAAACCUCACCACUGGAUUACAGUGGGCCCAGCAGGACCACAUUGUGUGUGACUACCAUUGGAAGACCCUCUGCCUUGUGAUGAGUGUGCCACCACCAACUACAUGACAACCAAGGGAAAUGAAAUUUGUGCAGAAAGACCAUUCCUGGUGCCAUGACUGCUUCUGUGUCACCUGUGACCAUAUUCAGCUUCACUUUUCCUGAGAUUCCCUAGGUCUUGUCCAAGUCAAGCAGUGUUCAGAAGCUGCAGGAUUCAGAGGUUGCAAUUCAAAGCCCUGAUUUAUGUAUAGAAAUAAGAGGACUUCAUAGGUACAAGAAAAGCACUCUUUAGAAGACUUUGAACGGAAGAAACCUGAGUUUUCUGUAUGAGACUCACCUUGUUAGUUUACGUGGUUGCAGAAGGACCUGACUUCUCACCUGCCUCUGCCACGGUGGGCACAAGCAGGGGCACAGAUGUCCAGUGAUGGCCCCAAGGCAGGUCACCAGGGGGCAAAGUCUCCUGUCUCAAUGUCAUUCUGACCUUCUUAGUUGCACGGAGAGGGAUUUUGCUCACCACAAAACCCAAGCACGUACUUUUCUUGUGAAGCUCCUGUGCAGAUGGAAUUUGUAACGAGACUUCCAUAAUAGAAUCUGAAGUUAUUAAUUACCAAUUAUAGUUUGGUCUUAGACUCACUCCAGCAUGUGAGUGAGGGAGAUAGGUCUGAGGAUCUGGCUUGUUCAAUUUAAAAAGCAGAAGAAAUUUAAUUUGUUUAAAUCAGAUUUCUCCCAGGGAAAAGCCACAGACAAGCUCAUCAACGCAAGUUCAUUUUUCAAAAAGUGCGUUUGUUCAAUGGAGAAUGACUUCACUCAGGAUGCAAGUGCAUGCCCAAUAUAGAACUUUCACAGCCCCAUGCACCUCUGAGCUGCCUUCUGAGUUCAUUUCCAACUGCAUUGUGCUUAGAGUAUCAAGGAGUUCUGUUUCACUGUACUAAACUUAUUUCUUCCACAAGAAUCGUGCUUUCUUAUACAGUACAUUUUGUAAACUGACUUUUUCAUAGUUUUGUCCAAUAACACCAAUCAUAAUUACAAUGAAGAAUACUAUGGCAAAAAAUAGUGAUGGAACUGACCUUACCUCACUCGUUCAGUUUUCCCAAAAAUGUGUCCAAGGAACUAUACUGAGAAGUCACUGGUCCCUCUCCUGCCUCUCUUGCCUAGUGAGUGACCUUCAGAAGGGGCUGUGAUGUAUUCAUCUAUGUAGCCCAAAAGCCUUCCAUGGGUCUUGCCAUCUAUCUAGAAAGAGCUAUUAAAUAUCUACAGAAUGCAAGACUUUCUAGAAGUCAAGUUGAACUUCCCAAGCAAUGUCAAAUUCAGAGUAAUACGAUAUCAGACAUUUUAUUACUAUCCCAAAAGCAGUUAUUUAUAAAAUUUGGAAGAAGCAUACUAUGUUUAAUAUGCUCUUUCAUGCUUUUUAGGUGAUUUUUUGCCUUGCAAGAUAAACCAUAGAGUAAAUUGAAAAGAAUGUCAUUAAUAAUCAAGAGAUGAAGUCGUUAUGGGAAAAGCAGUGUAAAUUCUCAGGCUGUGUCUGGAAGAUUGGAUUGCCACUCUUAUCAAAUGAGUGUACACACAGGCAAACUCUUUCAUUCAGUGUAUGUUAAGUGAGCAUCUCCAAGGCACAGAGGUAGAUAAAGCACACUGUGUAAUCUCAGGAAGGUCAAUGUGUAGUUACCACCUGUGUGAGUGACUUCACAGUGUCCAGUAAGUGCUGAAGUCCCAAAAGAGUAGCUGAUGGUACAGCAACAUCCACUAUGGUUCUGAGAUACAAGUAAACGACUUCUCAGAAAAAGUAACAAUAAGCAGUCUCAAGCCAGUGAAAGGAUCACUUAUUGAGCCAUAAUGGAUAUAUUCAGUAUAUUUACUCCUGAAAGGCAGUGUGAUCUAGCAAAAGAUGAAAACAAAACAAACUGUUGAAUGCAACUGGAUUGAUAUGUUAGAUUGCAUUUAAGAUUUUUGUUUCAUUGCUUGAGAGAGAGUCUGGGUGAGACUUCACCCACCUCAGCCUCAACUGCUGAGGUUACAAGCCUGAAUAAUGGUGCCUAGAUUGAGAUUACAUCCAAAUGAAAGUUUUCUUGGAUAAUCACAUACAUUCUCUGAAUGCCUCUUUCUUCAAGGGGCAAAUGUAGAUAAUAGGUUAUAUCUCACAAGAUCACUGUGAAAAUAAAAAAAGGGGGACAAAUAUGGAGGAAGCAAGACAACUACCACUUCUUUUGAAAACAUGUUACCAACUGAAUAAAAGACAAAUUUUUUUUUAAAUUUUAUUUAAGGAGAAAAGAAAAAAAAACAGAGAAAGGGUACAAGUUAUACAGAUUUACAGAAAAAAAUGAACAGUAGGAAAUCACUAGUUAAUGGAUUACAUAUUGUCAUCUUAGAAAUAAUUGUUCAAGUCACAAAAUUAAAGCUUGUAAAGUGGACAUUCCAUCAAUGAUACUGCAAACAGAUCUGUUCAAUGAUCCAAUAAAACUCCGUGAUAUCAUUUUCUAUCUUAUACGCUUAAAUAUACAUGCAGUUAUAUAGUUUAGAGCACUUUCUUUUCCUCUCUUUUGUACAAUGACUAUUACACAUUUUGGGUUUCAUUGCUCCCAUGGUUCUUAUUACUUUUUUGGAAGAGAGUAAAACCAAAUGUGACAUAGCAGAACAGAAUCGGUCAAGUCAAAAGGGUGGACAUAAUAGAUAAUGUGAAAACAUAAUACAAGGUGAUCAACAAUGGUUACCAUAAUGCCUCCCGCUAUCUCUAAUAGAAUUGCCUAUAUCGUUAGUUAUAAUACAAUUGAACAAAACAGUAAAGAAUAAAACCGACAAAACCAAAACAUUGAAGAUAUUGUAGGUCUUCAAAAGUAGAUAAAAGUCAACGAGAAUAGGCGUUAUAAUGAAUCUCAUUAUCUUCACAGCUGAUGCCUAAACUUUCGAACCUGAUACUAUCCAGCAAAACAGAAUAGGGGAACAUCAGUUAAAAACCAGAUGGUGAGAGUAAUACAGGGCUUUAAGUCGAGGUAAUGGAAAGUCAAAGUGGGUUACUAUAAUAUAUCCUGCUAUUUUUUUUCUUUAAUUAAAAGGAUAAAAAUUAAAAAGUAAAUAAUGGAGUGGAGAUUGAGAUAAAAGAGGGCAUAACAACGAAACAGUGCAGAUCAAAACAUAACCAUUUAAGCAGAAUAGUGUUUCACCACCAGAUAAUCCUGACCUAAAAGUAGUUACCGUAUUGUCUCUUUCCUUGAAAUCCUUGAGUACAACUUCGUAUACUGUAGCAUUAAGUAUAUCAAAACAAUAUAAAAGACAAAUUAAAUGAAUGCAAGCAAAACCCAAGCUAUGAGAGUGGCAUACUGUGUAAACUCUUUUUCCAAAGGACAAAAUAGUUUUUCAGGAAAUGCAGACAAUAAAAUAUAUGAUUUACAUAUACAACAUGUUGUAUGUAACUUGUAACAUGGGUAAUAUAAUUUGACAUUGAAUACCUAUUACUAUUCAUGUAAUACAUUAAUAGUACACUAUGUAAUGUAAUAGAGAAGUCACUUAGUAAAUAAUGCAAUGAUAGCAUCAAAUACAAGGAAAUUAACUGCUAGUAUUUAUAUAGCCCCUUGUGUAUACCAGAAACUGAGCUUCACAACUUUAUAUGCAUCUAAUGUCAUUUGAUAGCCACAAUAUGAACCUAUGAAAUGGGUAUUUUAUUGUGCUUACUUAACACAUCGAGAUCCUAAAAGUAUAAUAAUUAAGAGUACAACUCUAAAAGUCUAUUAAGUGGCGAAGACCAGGUUAAAUAUUUAGCCAUACCCUUAGCCAGAACAAAAACAUCAUAAAUGACUUGUGAGAAAGGUGGAAUUCUGACAGUAUUUGAAAAAAAUGCUCUCUCCCUUCCCUGUUGAACCCUUUCCUACCUCUUCCCUCUAGCCAUGCCUUGGUUUCUAAGUGCUUUGUCAAUAUGCACAUUCUAGAGAUGUGAUCUCAGCUUUUGAGCAUAUAUUCUGUUCAGAAUUUAAUCUAGGACCCAAAUAUCAGAAAUCAUGAUUAGUGUAGAACAAACGGAGCCCUCUAAAGAACUCAGAGUAUUAAUCCAAAGGGUAUUAAAGCAACAUUUUAUUUUGUUUUGAUUGUUGUGUGCUUGUCUUUUUGAUACAGGGUGUUGUAUUUUAGUUCCGGCUGGCCCUGAACUCUCUAUGUGGUCCAGACUGGCUUCAAACUGUUCUCCUGGCUAUAGUUCUAAUAAAGUGUUAGUUACAAAGUAGAGGACCAGUAUGGGUCCAUCGCUAGCCUGUUGUCCUAAAUAUUGCUUUAAAUAUUACCUAGUCAAUUGUGGCGUUAGGGCACUCUCCAGUUCUGGUGUUUCUCUUUCCUCACCUUCCCCUUAGCUAGGGAUCCUAAGAAACAGACCAAGGUAGAACAGCUUUGUUGGUUUUGCAGUGAGCCUGGGAGCCCAUCAGCUUCCCAAGUAGAACACAGUUGGUGUCUCCAACUCCCUUUAUGCCUCUCCAUGCCAACUGCUAGUGGGGCUCCUUAUGCUACAGGAUGGCCAGGCUCAGGGAAACCUCCAACACAGCACAGCACUUAAACUGGGGAAAUGGAACUCCACUAAUUGAGAUCACUAAUUAGGAAAAUAAGCAAUAAGUGGCUGAAUUCCCGUGUGACUGUUUGUAACGUAGCAAAGAUAACACUUUAAUGGUACCAAAGUAGCCACAUCUUACAUCUAUCUUGAACCUCGAUUGCAAGUACUUUUGUCUCCAGGGCUUUCUUUUUUGUGUUUCCUGUCUUCAUUCCAAAUGCAGCUGCUGAUAUAUACACUUGUAAGCACAGGCACACAAACUCAGAGCCAGUGUGAGCUGAAAGAAAAUAAGAUUUGUUGAAUCUCAGUUUCAGGAUGGGCCCUACUUAAUUAAAAUGGAAAAGGAUAUCAGAACUUUUUUCUGCUUGAAAAGUCUCUUCUUGGGGAGAAAGAAAUGGUGGAUCACUUGUGGAUCAGAGGCGGGUGCACUGUGCAUCUUGGGUAACUACCUAAUUCUGCCACUAGUCCAAGGACCAGUCUUUGCGUCUUCUCUCUAGGACUGCUUAACACUCACCUUCCCUUAGUUUAAAGGACAUUUUCACAUGGACCCUGGAGGUUCUUUGCUUGUGGGUGCACACUCGCCUCACUCGCUUCACGCUUGCCUCUCAUUCUUUGGCCCCUUUCCUAACCACAUAGGCACCUAGAGACAAAUUCAAAGAUGAGACUUUUAGUAGAAAGGCUUUCAAGGUAUUUUCUUAGUCUAAAAGUGAUUUUUCUCUACCAGAAAUUACUUAUGGAUGGUCCUAAAACCUCAAUCCUGGGAACCUUAGCAACACAACACCCAUAAUUAGGACAAGUUUCCUCCAUUCAUCUUGUUUAAGGGUGUUGUCACAAGAAAAUGAUACUCGGCAUUCUUAAAGAGAACUGUAAUAACUUGGGGACUUUCUCUGCCAAUGUACCACAGACCACAAAUUACUUCAGUUUCAUGAGCAAUUUGGGUACCUGUCCUUACUUGAACUAAUAUCUGACUGCUGGGUCUCUAACCUCACAUUCAGAAAUGUGGAUUUACCCAAUAGCAUGAACAGAACAGAUGCUACCCUGGUUCACAUCUUCUAACGACAUUUGGAGGACACACACUGUGCUCUGGCUUAGCUCUUAGCAGCAGGAUAAAGCAGAACAAGUCACCUAAACUCUUUGUUUUCUCAGGGGGAAAGAAGAGCUGAAAAUGUUAAUUCAAUUUCCCACAAAGGAUAUAAAUUCAGAUCACUUACAGGAUCCAAGGACUGAGCCUGCGUUAAUCUUCAUUUUGUGCCUUUAUCUUCAAAGAGGGCCAUAGGAGAGGACACCAGGUGGCCAUGUCACAUGGACCCCAAAUGACAGGGUCAUAGUUUAUGUGCUUUUCCCUUAGAGUCAGAGCAUGCAGAAUUAGUAGAAGUGCACAAAGAAAGUGGAGGUUGUAACAACCAGGCAUAAUCCUUACUCAUCGAGUGGCAUGAUGCUUCUGACUCUUAACAUGCACAUUUUAAGAAGUGGCCCAAAUCAUUCUGGGAGUGGGCACUAAACUGCCCACAUGAGCAUGGAAAUAUAUGGGGGUAGGAGCAACCUCUACGAGCACUGGUUUUCUGGGUGUGCAAACAUCGUUCCUGAAUCUGAUCUAAUGCUUAAUCCAUAAAAUAGUCACAUCUCACAAUGAAGGUGACCCCUUUCCUUCCCUGUGGGAAGUUGGAAGAACAUUCUUAUUUAGCCAUCUGUAUCUAUUUAAUGAACAUUUUCUGAAGCUCUCUGUGUGUCACACUAUUAAAUUAGUAGUUGGAAUAUUUUAUUAGCUGUGUUUGUCGUCCCUGAACUAAUAAUGCAAUAAUGGUAGGUGAUCUAUAAAGGAUUACAUACAACCGAGGUUAUGCCAAAACAGAAUAGCGAUGAAUCACGCAUUUUAACACUUAUGGUGGACUUUCCCAUUGCUUAACUGGAUCACGAGAGUAACUCUGUGCCACAGAUCACGCACACAUCCUUAUUCUAUCUUAUGAAUAUUUUCUUCAUUUCCUGUCCACCCCACAACAAUUACAAACAUCUUUGCAUUAACGGGAGACCUUUUUCGUGAAAGAAACAGUCAUCCAGUCUCUUCCUUGUUGCUUUUCCAACUCAAACAUGAGCAGGUGACCCAGUGACCAAAAGCCACAUAGACUGUAAUUCAGUUUGGAGCAACAAUGAAAGAGGAAGUUUCUUAUUUAGACUGCCCGUUCCUGGGAACAGCACUGAAAACAGUCGUGUUAGGGAGGAGCUGUUUCUUCACCAAGUGACACCUGGGACUCAGCUUUGGUUUUGUUCACUUAGAUCAGGGAAAUGUCAUUGGUGCUAGUUGCCUAACUUUCCCAAUGAUCCCAUGAGCUUCCAAAAUCAUUUUAGUGAGCAAAUUUUUAAGAGAAAAUGCUUACAUGGAAAAGUGGAUUCUGAGAUUCUAAAUAGCUGAAUAUCUUAUUCCCAUGGUGCAACUCAAAGAACUCAACUUCACAAUGUGGAGACAUUUAUCCAAGGUAAACAGGCUUCACCUCUUCCCUUUUAUGUCAGUGUGACCCUGAAGAGAGUGACUAAACCACCUUACCCAAAACACAGUGUAAUGAUUGAUAUAUUGUGUCAACUUGAGAAGUUUAGACAUUUAACUGAGAGCCUCAGCAGGGAGCCAGGAUACUUACUUUGUAAAUAUCUUCAUCCUGUGCAAGAGGAGGGCACAGAGAUUUUAUGAGUGCUACACUCUGCUCUUGGGAGGCUUGUGUUCAAUAUGCCGGGUGGGAAAAGUAUCUUACUCUUUCCUUCCCCUCCAUUGCUUUUGCUGCUGCCAUGAAGUGUUGCCCCAAUGCCAUGUCAUUCUGCCUUCUAGCCAGCUAAUUAUGGACUGAAACCUCCACAAACUGUAAGCUAAAUACACCUUUCCUUCCUUCUUUUUGGGAUCAGGUAUUUUAUCUCAGCAAUGAAAGAAAAGUAGCCAAGACUUAUAGGGACUGAGUGUUAAUAAUACUGCUUUCAGAAGUGUUACAGUGUCACAGUGUAGAUGGUACAUUAUAGUAUAACCUUAAGAAUGUUGUCAAGAGAUGAACAUUCAACCACAAUUUGUGUUAAAUUAAUAAAAAAUUAAGGAAAUAUGAGCAUACGAUGACAUUUAACUCCUCAUUUGCAGUAGUACUGCAGUAGAGUAGAGGGAAAUGAAUAAACAAAGAGCCCCUCUACCGGGAACCAGAAUAUUAGGGAACCCCUGCUCUGUAAGAUCUUUUCAUGAAGCAGAUUUAUCUAGUGAUUAUCCCACUGGCAAGAGUCAGUACAAGUGCAGUUUUGAAAACUAUCACAGAUACACACACAACUGCAUACAUGUGCAUGUGCACACACACACACACACACACACACACACACACACACACACACACACAUGCAAAUACAUAUACCCCUAGAGUUGGAAAAUUCAAGGAUCCUUUUAAACCUUCACUUCAAUAUAAGGAACCCAGCAUCUUUGCUAUUUAUGUGUGAAGAGAGAAAUCUUUACUGUCAUUCUUGAUGUGCACAGCUAUAGUUAUCUUAAAACACAGUGAGAUGUUUCCCAUCUAAACCUAAAAAUAUAUCAGUCCAAAGCAAUGGACAAUUUGUACACAGUUCAGUUAGGCUUUGUCAAGUGAAUUAUUCUUGCAUCAUCUCAGUAUUUUUAUAAGUGGAACUUUCUUAUGUUUUUUCUGUGUAUAACAGAAGCUCAGUCUCAGUGUGGCCCUAUUGGAUGUAACCGGAGGCCCCACAAAGGAGUCAUUUUAUUUAGGUCUGAAAAUAAAAAAAACUGAGUAAAAUAAGUGAGCUCUACAUAAAGUUAUGGUUACAAAGUCAAGCUCACUUAGAUCUGUGUUUUUAUGCAGGUUAAUGUGCUUUAAAACUUUGGCUUUGCUUUGUAAUGCCCAAUAAGUCUUUCUGGAAUUGCAAGCCUCUCAACUGCUCUGAGUAGCUGGGUAGACUUAUGAUUUAUGUCCUACCAGCUUCCCUCCUAGACUAAAGGAGGCUUCCCACGAAGAUGCAAGUAUGCAUAUAGUUUUGGAAACAGUUGGAGGUGUAAAUAUCAAUGUAAUGACAAAAUACCCACAGGAAAGUUAAAACAUCAAUAAAAAAGAAAAAAGAAAAUGCAUGAAGAAACGAGGUGAUAACCACAGUCAGGAAGAAAUUUAAAAUGUAUUCAGGACUCCCUAGCAGCCAAGAUACAAAGGGAAAGAGUUGAUGUAGAAGAGAGGUGAAUGGAGAAUUAACCAUAACCCAUCUAGCAGGCUGCCUGUCGCGUGCUGCAACCUCUUUUGCAGAGGCAGACAAUCAGCAGGACCGAGCUUGGUUUCCACCUCUCUUCUUCUUUUUUUUUUUUUUUUUUUUUUGUCUUUUUCUUUUUUUAUCGGUACCGGGGAUCGAACUCACGACUGCCUGCUUACAAAGCAGGUGCUUAUGCCGCUGAGCUAAAUCCCCAGCCCCUCCACCUCUCUUCUGAGGAUAACAUGACAGCCCGUAUGUUAUCUCUCAAUAAAAUUUUAAAAAGAAAUGGGAAUUCAACUCCCUCAAGUCAAUAACACCUGAGUGUUAUUGAGAAAAUCACCUGAUACCUCAAAGUAGCAUUUUGUUUAUUUUGAAAAUACUGGCUAACAAUAAAACUCUGAUGUAUUCUUACCAGAUUCCUCUUGGAUAAUGUACUAGACUAUACUUUAUCAUAUGUAAGCUGUUAUGUGGAUUUUAACUGAUUUUAUAGUUUUUGCCACAGCAUGGAUGGAGGCUUGCACAAAAGGAGCAUAACGGCCAAAAAUAUUAUUGGUCAUCGUUUUUCUCAAAAAUUUAAUUCAACUUUUACCCUCAGCAUACUCAAGAAAGCCCAAACUUCAUGAAAUCCCAGGGUUAAAUAUGCUCCUGUGCUCUCUGUGGCUGUCACCUGCCUUUGGGAGAUUUGUUUCCGCAGGUAAGCUCCAGAGCUCUGGUCAGCAUGGGUAAGAUGCAGUGGGCGAAAUGGAGAGGAAGAAGAAGAGCCACAGGGUGCCUGCCCCUGGCCUCCUGUGCCCAGCCCUGUCACCCCAUGUACCCCCUCUUCCUGCACUCCAAUGAGCUGUUACAAGUUAAGUUGCAAUUUUUAAAGAAGCACUGGGGCAUUUCUUAAUUGGAUUUCAGUAUCUUAAUAUUCUAGGAAGAAGGAGAAUUUGAAAUUCCAUACUGUUUUUCAGAGUACGGAGGUACUUGCAUAAGCUCAGCCUCUGCUAAAGAAGAGGCAAGGGGGGUGGGGUGUAUUCUAUAAGCAACUAUUUUGAUCCUAACAUUUAUUAUUUAUUUACUUAACAAAAGCACUGUACAUGGCACUGUAAUUGAUGGUAUCAUUUGAUGUUGUCAAGAGCCCUAUCAGAUGGUAGUUAUGAUCUUCAAUCUACAUACCUGUAAACUGACUCACACAGCCUUCGAUUAAAGAUCACUUGUUGUGUGGAGAUUUUCUUUACUCCCUACCUAACAUGGCAGCCCUAAGUGAUGCCCGAUCAGAUAAUCCCAUUUACUUGUUUCAUAGCAUUUAUUAGAACCUGUAUUUGUUAAUGGCUUAUUUAUUGUUGUUCAUUUCCUUCACAAGAAUGUAUCCUACAGAGACAAGAAUCACACCUGUCUCAUUCACCUGCAUUUUUAGUAUCUAGCACUACAACAAUUUUUUAAUAAAUAAAUAAAUGGUCUUCAAAAGAAAAUACUCUUUUCACUAUCAUGCAUUAAUUUUUAUUUUCUUUUUAGAUGCAUAAAGCAAACAUUAAGUGAAUUAUGAAUGUCUGUGUUGUACUAGGAAGAUUUUAUUUCAAAUUGAAUGCGUAAGAAUAAAAUCAUUUCCUAUGGAUCACCAAAGACACUUUUAAUAUAUUCUAAUAUGAAAGAUAGCAUUGGAAUUUAUGUGAGAGCUUCAGGAUAUUUAGCCUUGGGAACCUUGAAGUCUUUUAGCUCUAUUUGAUCCAAAGCACGACUGAAAUCUUAAGAGAAAAUGAAUUGUGCCAAUAAAUAUUUACUUUCAUCUUCUUUUCUGUGAGCCUACAGAGUCACUUCUAAACUGUCUUAAGGAUGGAAAUUACAUGAUCACUUGAAUGGCUCUUUGAAUAUGUAACCAAAGGAAAACCUUUCUAAGGCAAAAUGCUCAUUUUUCUACUAUACGUUACCAUGUAUAAAUUACCUUGAAUUACUCCAGAUGUAGGAAUUGAUUUUAAGAAACUCAGAUGCUUAAGUUAAAAAAAGUUAAAUGAACUCAUCUAAUACCUGUAUAUGCCAGUGAGAAAACACCUCUUCCUCCCUGUAUCAUUCGGUGGCAUACACCAUUUCCUCUAGAUAAUUCCCACUCUAGUUCAUGAUAAAAUUUACACGAUAUCCUCCAGAAAAAGUCUUCUCCUCUUCUCCUUCCCACACUGUAUAUGGUCUUCACCCUGGGCUGUGUCCCCAGUCCUCAUUAUCAUUUUAUUUUUUUUUAAAUCCUGAGACAGAAUUCAUUGAAUUGCUGGGAUUGCAGGAUCCUCCCACCUGGCCACUCAUUCCACAAAUCAUAUGUUAUUGCCACUAUCUGCUUAACUAGCUUAAUUAUUUAAGACACCUACAGCAACACCUGCAUUUAUUCAUGUCUGUGUUUCAUUACCAGAUAAAUAACCAAGCUUUAUUAAAUAGUUGUUACAGAUUAAUGAACGAGCAAAUAGAAUCUAGUUUCUUUAUUGGAGAAUGAGGGGUGACCAAUGAGUACAGACAGAACUUUUCUCACAAGAGGUUCCCUGGCAAGUCUCUGGGGUGGCUCUGAUUUCUAUUCCCUACUGCUGCCUGGAUCCUGAGUUUAAAACAAGUCAUCAGGGGGUAACAGGAAGAUGUGGACUGGCAAAUGCAAGUGAGUAGAGCAUUGUGGAGGAUUUUUCUUUGGCAGACAAACAUGUGUUGAUUGAUUCUAGGCAGUAUGGUAAAUCUUCAGGAGCUGUUAACCAAGGGAAAUUUGGAAAAACUGUAGAGGAGUUUGUAAAGCUGCUGCCAAUGUUAUCACAGUGGAGCAUUUUGAGAAAUGUACUUUUUUAAUACGUUACACUCAUUUUGCAGAUGUAUAUACCCCCUUCCCCUGCAUACCUUACCUUAAAAUCUGCCUCUGUUUCCUACCAUCUCUAUGGAGGAAGCUCAUUUCAGUGUGACCUUCGUGACUUCAACUUUUACAAAGUACUCUGUGAGUAAUUACAGAAAAAAUAAUGAAGGCUGACUAAGAAAUGAGAAUGUUUAGAAAAUCACAGAAACAGUAGAUUAUUUACAACAAUUUUUAAAUUUUCAAUGAAAAAGAUAAAUUCCAUAACAUUAACAGGGGACAUGGAUAAGAAUCAUUCCUAAGGUUGAAGUAGUGUUAUUUUUUCCUCUAUCAACAUCCCCCCCAAAGCCUCAAGAGGUCAGAGGGGUGACUUUUUGGGGGUGACUGGGUCAUUGGUGUGUGAUACUGGAUCAUGGGUGUGAUACUGGUUUAAUUCACUGACUGAUCUAGCAAAUUUGUGGGCAAAGGCAUUACUGAAGAGAGAAGCUCCAUCCUUGGUGUGGGUGGCACCAACUAACAGGCCUGUAACCUGUCUGGGUCCUUGCUUUCUGCCUACCCUGCCAUGGACUGUUUCUCCUCCACCAUACCACCCUGCCUUGGAGGCAGCCAACUGUGGACUGAAACCUCCACAAACUGUGUGCUAAAAUAAAUCUCUCCUUUAAUUUAUGGGCACUGAAUAUCUUAUCUCAGUAACAAGAAAGUAACUAAGACAAGUAGAAACAUCAAAUAACCAAGAAAAUGAAACAAAGAAUGAUUUCCCAAGAGCCUCACUUGGCUAAUAAUUUAACUAGUUUUUUUCUAGGAAUUGAAAACGAAAAUUAGCAAUACAUGUAUGCAUACAUACAUAUUUUAGUGUUUAUAUAAAUUGAUAUAACAUCCUACAACACAGUAUAAUUCUUGGCAUUGGAUAUAUGAUAUUUGGUCUAUGGUUGUUAAGUUCUGAAACUAUACUUUCUCUAGGUAAUUUUAAAAGUAAAUUUAACUAUAUCACACUCCAGGCUUUACUAAUUGUACAGUAAUUAUUUGUUAAGUGAUACAUGACUAAAUGAAUGUUGAUAUGAGAUAUUACCUUUACCAACCAAAUCUUCUAGUUUCUCCUUCCAUUCUUUUGCCCAUAUGUGGCUAACUACCCAUAUACAAGGCUUUUAAUCAGCCUUACGUGGAUUAUGCCUAUGCAACCUUACGCAUGCUAUAGUUACUUAGAUGCCUAUCCUAAUUCUUUCUCUAUGGGGGUAACUUCUACCAUCUAUCCACACCCAAUUCAUGCAUGCACCACUGUAUCACUUUCUCUGGGGAACUUUGCUUUAUGCCACACAUGGAACGAUGCCUCAACUUCCUAUCACUCACUGCACCCAGGAUGUAGAUAUAUCUUACUUUGUUUCAUUGAUGCUUUUUCAAAGGUCAUCCACUAUAGUGUUCCCAAUUUUCCUAUUGAAAAUAAUUCUGCAAUGAACUUGAUUACAAACACACAAUUGCAUAUUUAUAUCAAGUUUUCCAGAAUGACUUAAAUACCAUUAAAAGCAUGAGUGCUUAAAAUAAAUCACAUGUGAUAAUAUGUGGGACUAUUUAUGUGCAUGUUUGCUUCUUUGUUAUUUCAAAGACUAUAAUCUAAAAUCAAACAUGCUAUUCUGUUUUAAAGAAAAUUUUGCAUUUGAAAUAGAAAAUUUUGCAUGAAAUUCUUCAUGUCUAUGGUUAAUUUCUCAUUGAAUUCUUAAUUGUGUGUAUUUUCACUUUUUAAUACUUGUUUCUAUUUUUAUUAGUGCUUUGAUUUUCACAUUGUGUUUCUGUAUGUAGACCUUUUCACACUAUUUUAAAAUUCUUGUUGGAUGAUUAUUUUUAUUAUUACUUGUCAUGACAUUAAAUUUUUAAGUUAUACAUUGUGCUCCGAAUCAAUUUCAGAUCUGCAGAAUAGUUAUUGGAGUGUUUUAUAACUAUUAUUAUCUAUAUACUGAUCUGUAAUACUUUUGCAUUUUUGAUAUUAAUGUUUAUUAUGAUCAUUUCAGUAUUCAAUAUUCUACAGUUCAUACAUUUUUGCUAAUUUAACUUUCUUUUGGAAUAUCUAUUAUGUCUAUAUUGGAAUAAACUUUUCUUUAUCUGCA